CCUUUUUUUGAUGUACUGGAACACGAUGCAUUAUGCACUGAUUUGUCAGUUGGGGAGGAUGGACUGCAACUGAUUUGUAAUCACUGCCGUUGUUGACUGUAGCUUCGAGGUUUGUCUGGGGCACGAAAGGAGAGAAGACGAGGUCGUGUUAUUUGUGUUUGUUUUAACAUGAUGACCCAAUUCAAUGCUCUAAAUUUUGCGACGAUAAUGAGAUAACAUAACGGGUUGCCAUGUUGUGAUAACGGUCAAAGACACCCCGAUAUAUUUGUCCAUCGAGGUGCGAGUAAUGGUAAGUAGGCUAACAUGUACGUCACAUUACGUGAAUCGUAAAUCUAAUUAAGCGAUUUAGAGGAAGGGGCAAAGAGGUAAUUCGGUUUGAACACGAUGCGAAAGUAUAACCACCAAGUGGCAAAGGCAAAAUUAACAUUUAAAUCCAAUUAUUUUCGAGUAAAUUUAGCUAGGAUUACGUUAACGAACUAUUGGCACUAGGUCAAAUGUGAUAAAGAGUUGAAUAUUCAAAGAUGCAACAGUGAAAACCGAAAGGAUGGCUAACUUUUUUACACAACAAAGCGAACGUCUGAAAAAAGCAUUUCGAGGAAGUUCCCUUCCAAAUCCUGAAUCAGAGAAAGCGCAGAUACCAACAGCUUCUUCCCUACCAACAGAAGCCACACCCAGCACCCCAAAACAAACAGGCAAGAACCCUUUCUUUGGAACUAAGCUGCCGUUUGGAAAGAAACCAAAUACUAAAGUUGGGGAUAUCAAAGAUGAGACGCCAAAAUCAUUGUCAGAACUACCCGGAAAUUCAGUUAAAAACCCAGGAAAAGCCGAAACCGACAUCAGGAGUAAAUUGAGUAAAUUCCAAGCCCAGUUCGAGAAAUACCUGUGUUCUUUCAAAACUCGAAAGUACGAUUGGGAUAAUAAUACCUUGAUGUCGGAGGCUGAAGAAGCAAAAGCAGCUCACUUUGCCAUCGAAUUAUUUGCUUGUCUGACUGAGUCUCUGGCUCCGGCCCUACGGGAGUUUCUCGCAUCCAAAAGUUUACAUCCCCAUAAUUCCGUUAUUGAUGCCUACCAAUAUCUGAAGAUAAUGAAAAACGAAUGCAAAAAGAAUGUUAAUUUUCUUUCUGAAGAUGGAGCUAACGGUCUUCACUUACAACAUCUGGAGACUGCCCAUAAAGGCCGCAACUGCGUCUGCCACGGAGCGUUGCCCGAAAUUCUGAAAGAAUGGCAUGUUUUCCUCCACUCAUGGAUUGAAAUAUUGAACAUCAUCAAAGCUCCAGCCGCUGCGGAAAAAAUUAAGAACGUACAUGACCGAUUAAUUGCUGAAGAAACUCAGAAUAAUACGGAAAACUUACCCGACGUGUCGAUGCAAACGUUUGAUGAAAAAGAUGACAACGAAGAACCUGUCGGACAAGACCACGUCCAAACUCUCUAACUGAAAGGGCAAGUUUCUUUAGAUUUCUCUUGUUAUUCUUGGUGAAUUUCUCUUUGAAGCUACUACACUGGCACACAAUACACAAGUUCAAUGAC